AUGGGGGGAACCCCUAACAUUGGCCUGCCCGUUAUCAAUUUUGAUAACGAACGCGAUGACGAUGAUGACGUAAAUUAUCAUAAUACUGAUAACAACCCAGAUAUUCGAAAUAAUAUUACGUUAAACACGCCGAAUAAUAACCGACAAAAUGAAAACGAGAAUCGUGAUGAUACUUUUAACACUGUAGCUGGCUCAUCUUAUAUUCGGCUCCCUCAUUCAAUCAAAAAUAAACAAGCGACGAUCAAUCCGCAAAAUAAUGAUCAGCAUUGUUUUAAAUGGUCCAUUCUGGCGAGGCACGUGACAGGUCCAAAUAAACAUCGUGUAGGCGAAAAUUAUUUCAGACAUGAAAACAAAUAUAAUUUUACAGGCUUAUCAUUCCCAACACCGUGGAGUGAGGUUAAAAUUUUUGAAAAAAAUAACCCGACAGUCUCUGUAAAUAUUUACGGAGUUAAAAAAAUAUCUCAGUCUUCGUCAAAAAAUCCGAAUCAUCACAUAUUUCCAUUAAAAGUAGUAUAUAAUGAAAAGCCGAGCAUUUCGACAUCAUUCUAUUCACUGCCGGAGAAAAAAAGUCACUACGUAUAUAUAUCUAAUUUUUCACGCUUAAUCCGCUCGCAAAUAACAUUACACGGUCAUUCAGUUUAUUUCUGCAAACGAUGUUUCACAUCGUUUGACAAACAAAAUUUAAAAUAUAAAUUAAGUGGGCAGCUAGCACUUCAGCAGCAUAAAUUAAUUUGCGGAUCUCAUAAACCUAUUCUACCCAUAAUGCCCGAUGUUGACACAUUGCUAGAAUUCGAUAAUUGGCAACAUGCUCAACGACACCCAUUCACUAUUUACGCGGAUUUUGAAGCUCUACUGGUGAAAACUAAUGAGAAAAGGGGGGAACACACGACUGUAAUACAUAACCACAAACCUAUGAGUUAUGGGUUUUUAGUUAAAGCGUCCGAAGAAGUUCCACUAGAGCUUAUCCAGCAAUUCAAUAUACCAACCGCGCCAGUUGUUUAUCGCGGUAGUGAUAGUCGGGAGGAUGUUGCCAGGCAUUUUCUCGAAAAUAUAGUUGAUGUAGGUCGUAAAAUUGAAGAAUUGCUAAAGACGAAUGUCCCUAUAGUUAUGAAUGACCGAGAUACGCGAAAACACAAUGAAAAUAAAAAUUGUAACUUUUGUAAACGCAGUUUCGACACAAACGAGAAAGUCCGCGACCAUUGUCAUCUUACUGGUAGAUUUAGACAAUCUUUAUGCUCUCGAUGUAAUUUAAAAUUAAAACAACCGAAAUUUGUCCCCUGUUUUUUCCACAAUUUAUCUAAUUAUGACGCCCACUUUAUUGUAACUGAAUUAGGCUAUGACGCUAAUAGUAUAAAAGUUAUUGCUAAUAGCGAAGAA